AUGUCGGUUAGAAAAAGACUAUUUAAAUUAUGUGACGAAUUAUUCGAAAGAAAAGACGAAAAUACAAAAGAAAGUGCUUUAUUAUUCCAAAAUAAUGAUCUAUCCACAUCUAUCUGGUAUCUUUAUCAAAUAAAUAUUAAUGAAAAUAUGCAAAAUAAUAAUGAAUUAGGUUUUAUUGUUCCAUCAGAAUUAAUUGAAUUACCGACAUUUAAUGAUGGAUUAUCAAAAAUAAAAAUUCUGUUUAGAAAACAAAUUAAUUAUUUUGAAAAUAAAAAUUUAUUUGAACAAUUUUCAAGACAUAUUUUUGAAAAUGUUUUUGAUAAUACAACGUUAGAAUUUAAUAUUCAAUCUUCAUCUUUUAAAUUACUUAUAUGUUUAUUAACAGGCAAGUACUAA